AUGGAGGGUGCGUCAAAGAAGCUGCAGUAUUGGAGGCUGUAUGCGCUGUCGAUGGUGUUGGGAAUCGGUGGAUCGUUUCAGUACGGGAUUCAAGUGUCGGUCAUUGCUUCACCUGAGGAGCAUGUGCAGAGUUUCGUGAACUACACGUGGUUGUGGAGGUACAACGCUCCAGUGACCGACUCCACCAACAAGCUCAUCUGGUCCUUCAUCGUGGCUGUGCUGAGCCUUGGAGCCUGGGCCGGGGCCAUUCACAGCGGCAGCCUUCCUGUCACUUACGGCCGGAAAAAAGCUCUCCUAUUCAACAAUGUUGUGGCGAUGGUUGCUGCUCUGCUGAUGCUCUUCAGUCACACGGCCAAAUCUUUUGAGAUGAUCUUGUUGGGCAGAUUCCUGUAUGGGUAUAACGUCGGUCUCGGCCUGAGCGUUCACCUCAUGUAUCUCGGGGAGAGUUCGCCAAAGAAAUUCAGAGGUUUCCUGACUCUCACCAGCUCAAUCUUCAUCGGUUUUGGCAAAGUUACGGGUCAAAUUAUUGGCAUCAAGGAGAUGAUGGGAACAGAGGACAUGUGGCCGUAUCUCUUGGCUGUGAGUGGUAUUCCUGCCAUCCUGCAGUUUGUGAUGCUGCUUUUCUUCCCUGAGGCGCCUCGAUACCUGUACAUCGACAAAGGAGACACUGAAGGCUGCAAAAAAGCCCUGCAGUGGCUGUGGCAGGAGGAGGACUUGAAGCUGGAGUUGGACGACAUGGAGAAAGAGAGAGUGAGCUCACUGGGAGAGAAGGCGAAGACCGUGAAGGACGUGUUGACCUCUCGCUGUGUCAGGUGGCAGCUGCUGACUCUGGCCAUCCCCUGUGCUGGUGUUCAGUUCUGCGGCAUCAACGCUCUCUACUUCUACGCCUUUGACAUCUUCCGUCAGUCAGGAGUGCCAGAGGACCAGAGGCAUUACUUGGCCAUUGGUAUCGGAGCAACAGAGUUAAUCGCCAUAACCCUGUGUUCUUUUCUGAUAGAUCGUGCUGGCAGGAAGAAGCUGAUGGGCUAUGGCUAUUUACUGAUGGGCAUCACCAUGUCUCUACUCACUGCCAUGUUGUCCAUCAAGGAUCUGAAUUCAUGGAUCCCAUAUUUGAACAUCGCCCUGAUCUUCUGUGUCAUCUGCAUCUAUGGACUUGGACCGUCCGGUGUGUCCAUGGCUCUUCCCGCUGACCUUUUCCUACAAGCCUGGCGUCCUUCUGCCUACGUGAUCAGUGGGACGAUCAACUGGCUCAGCAUGUUCCUCGUGGGGAUGUUAUUUGGCUACGUAGUGGAUGGACUCGGACAGUUCUGCUUCCUGAUCUUUGUGGCUUACUCCCUUUUCAGUGCAGGAUUUAUGAUUUAUUUUGUCCCAGAGACAAAAGGAAAAACAAUGCUUGAGAUUAUGGAAGAUUUCAACAAAAUAAAUUACAAGAACGGUGGAAACGACAUUGAAAGUACUUACAUUACACUUGCAACUAAACUAUAA